AAUUGUAGCUAAUGUGAUAAACAAGUGGGUAAGAAUGACUGACCAGCAGAACUAAACUUUUGUGAUACUGUAUCUAGAUAUUAACAUCUUGAAAUUCAAAAUACCAUGCAGGGCUACUUUGUCCUACUAUCAUGGAUGCCGGUGUACUUCAAAACGGUAUAUAAUGUCAAUUUGAAACAAGCUGCAUGGUUCAGCGCCAUACCUUGGGGCGUCAUGGCUCUAUCAGGAUAUGUUGCGGGAGCUUCUGCAGAUUUCAUGAUCAAAUCCGGCUUAUCUAUUGUGCGAAUCCGGAAAAUUAUGCAGUCAAUUGGUUUUAUCGGGCCAGGUGUGUCAUUGCUAUGUUUAAGAUUUGCCCAAACACCAUCGGUUGCAGCAGUUAUCAUGACCGCUGCCUUGGGUUUGAUUUCCUGCAGUCAAGCUGGGUACUUUUGUAAUGUACAGGACAUUGCCCCAAAAUACGCUGGAUCCCUACACGGAAUGACGAACGGCAUUGGGACAGUGGCCGCCAUAGUUAGCACAGUAGGAGCAGGAUACUUCGUCCAGUGGCUGGGAUCCUUCCAGGCCUUCCUCACCCUAACGGCGGUGCUCUAUUUCAGCGCCACCGUCUUCUACAACAUCUAUGCGACAGGAGACCUGGUUUUUGACUGAGCUGAAAGAUACUGUUAAUGUCAAAUGUACAAUUACAGCUUGUAAAAUGUCUGUCUGCGCCCACCGCGCAGAGCAAAGAAACAAAUAAAAUUAAGAUUGAUUGGUUGGCUCAUUCAUAUAAGACUUAGCGCAACCAUGGUGGCUUUGUAUCCGUGAAAAAGGUAGGGAAUGUGGAGAUCUCUUCAACAAAA